AUGACUUUCCAUCCAGAUACGCUCCCUGACCUCAAGGGCAAAGUGUUCAUAGUCACCGGCGGAAAUUCUGGCAUGGGUUACCAUACCGUAGCCCGGUUGGCAGAGCAUGGAGCGCACGUUUAUCUAUGCGCCCGAUCCGUCGAUAAGGGCACAUCAGCGAUCUCCAGCAUCAAGGAAAUACAUCCUGCAGCUAAUAUCGAUCUUCUACAAGUCGAUCACAUGAACCUUGCCAGUGUCGUCUCGGCUGCCAAGCGUUUUCUCACCCUAGAAACAGCCCUACACGGCCUGGUCAACAACGCAGGCAUAAUGGCCACGCCCUUCGAAGUAGGCAAAGACGGCCACGAGGCCCAAUGGCAAACCAAUUACCUUGCACACUGGACUUUCACAGAUUACCUCCUUCCUCUCAUGCUGGAAACUUCCAAAACACUUUCCCCGGGCGGCGUACGCAUCGUCAACAUGAGUUCAUCGGGCCACUGGGGCGCACCGAAAUCCGGUAUCAAUUUUGAAGAUACAACUCUCAAAAACGACGGACCGUGGGAGCGAUAUGGACAAAGCAAGCUCGCCAAUAUCUUGCACACAAUAACUUUGCACAAUAUUUACGGCCCUGGGUCUAAAAGUGCGACAAACGGAAAUGGUGAGAUCUGGUCUUCAUCCGUGCAUCCGGGUAUAGUCGAGACAAAUCUUGGCACGGCCGUGAAGGAGUCGGGGUCGAAGAUGAAUUAUUUUUUCUCGCUAAUUCGGGCCUUGGGCGGAUUCAUGACUGGUGAUAAGGGAGCGUGGACUAGCGUGUUCGGUGUGGCCAGUCAAGAUAUGAAGGCAGAGCAGAGUGGUGCUUAUCUUGAAAUUCAUCACAGAUGGAUGGAGGCCCCAUGGAUGAGCCGCGCCGCGAAAGAUGAGAAGCUUGCGGAGAGGUUGGAGGAGUGGACAGCGGAUUUGAUGAAAAAGGAAGGGUAUAUCCAGCGAUUGCAGUAA